AUGCAAUCCCUCACCCGCCUCGGGGGCCGCCUCCCCUCGCGUGUCCUCCCAACACGCGUGUCCGCCAUCCCGAUCCCGACGACGGCGUUCGCUCUCUCUCGACCCUUCCACGCCGUCAGCAGCCGUGCAGCCGAUGUCGCGCCGAUCGUUGGCACGGGCCCCCCUCCGCAGGCUCCGGUGAGCCAGGCGGAGGAGGCGUACGCUAGGGUUCGGAAGAGGAAGAGGCAGGCGGAGAUGUUGAGGUUGGCGAAGGAGGCCAAGGCAGGGAAGGGGAAGGGGUUGAGUAAGAGGUUUUGGGACGAGGUGACUGUUCGGGAGGUUGACGGCGCUCUCCAGGUCUUCCUCGACCAGCGACCCCUCCGCCACCCAACAACCAAGCAAAUCAUUCAAAUCCCCCUAACAAAACCCCACCUCGCGACCGCCCUCGCACUGGAAUGGGACCUCCUCUCCUCCGUCCAAGACGCAACGCGCCAACACCUCAUCCCCCUAACGGGCCUCAUCUGCCGCGCCCUCGACCUCUCCCACGAAGACCAAACCGCCGGCGCCGCAACGAGCGCGAGCCGUUCGCAGAUUGCGAAAAUGGUCAUGCGCUACCUCGACACGGACUCGGUGCUCUGCUGGGCGCCCGAGGGCGACGAGACGCAGCAGGAUGCGCAGGGUAGGACGUUGCGCGAGCUGCAGCGCCACGCGGCGGAGGAUAUUGUGGAAUUCCUCGUCUCGAGGGUGUGGCCAGGCGUUACGAUUGUUCCCGUCCUGGACGGGAGUUCGAUCGUGCCGAGGAGUCAGGAUGAGGGGGCGAGGGCUGUUGUGGAGGGGUGGGUGGCGGGGCUGUCGGCGUGGGAGUUGGCGGGGUUGGAGAGGGCGGUUUUGUCGGCUAAGAGCUUGUUGAUUGCCGCGAGGCUUGUGGUGCAGUGGAGUGAGCACGGGGCGGGGCUCGGCGAGGUGGUGGAGGAAGGGAAUGGGGAUGCAGUGGAGCGGUUCGGGGUUGAGCAGGCGGCGAGGGCGGCGAGUUUGGAGGUGGAUUGGCAGACGGGGAAUUGGGGCGAGGUAGAGGAUACGCAUGAUGUUGAUAAGGAGGAUAUUAGGAGGCAGCUUGGGAGUGUGGUGCUUUUGGUGUCUGGGACGGGGGGGAAGUGA